ACCUCCAUUACCCAAUAACCAUGUACUUGUAGUGAAUACGACUGUCUCCCUCAUUUACGUCGUCUACUAUACGUUCGUGAGCUCCGUGACAUAUUUGCGUUGUUAUAUAUUUUGCAUUUAGUGGAAAAGUAAUUAAUGAGUAAUAAUAGUUGUUUUUUGUGUUUGUUAUUGAUUUAGCGUAAAUUUUGUUACAAACCUAAUUUGUGAGUGUUAAAAAAUUAAAAUUGUAUAACAAGGACGAAUACAAGUCGAUAGCUGCACCUCAAAAUGGCUGCUGUCAAUAAACCUAAUCUUUUGAACCUAGAAAAAGUGUGUAGAGCUUGUUUGCAAAUUAAAAAGGACAUGAGACCUUUAUUCGAACAACUUACUGCAACAAUGUUGAUGGGGAUAUCCAACUUGCAGGUGGCGAUUGGCGAUGGUUUACCCUCACAGCUGUGUCUCCAGUGCGUGCACCAGGUAUCGAGAUGCCAUGCCUUCAAGGAGAUGGUGGAGAGAAAUGACGUCACAAUACGGAAUCAGCUGAAGUGGGAAGCUGACGAGAUUCUUAAGAAAAAUGAUGCUCAAAUCGAUUUAAGUUGCUCAGAGCAACCUUUCAUCCAGUACAUUGAAGUGCCAAUGGCUAACAGCACUCAGGUGCUGGAUGAAUUCUUCACUACAGAACAAGUACAAACAGAUAAACCGGAGAAUGCAGAGAAGACUAACUUUGAAAUCAAUAAGGAACAAACCAUACAAGCACCAGUUAAAGAUGACGAAGCUCUUAACAUGGAUGAGAACUACAUGCAAAUGGUGGUGUUCCAAGUGACGUCAUCAGUCUCCCCCGGCCGCCAUGUCUGCAACCUCUGCCAUAAAGAGUUCAAACACGGCAGGUGGCUGAAGAUGCAUAUGAGAUCCCAUACUAAUUGGAUAAAGGCAAAUUGUAAGAAGCCGCCGAUGUGUCCCGUCUGUAAGAAGACUUUUAAGGGUCCAGGUAUGCUACGCAUGCAUAUGCGAACGCACGAACAGCGUCCUCAAAAACAACCGACAUGUUCCGUCUGUCAAAGAACAUUCCAGAGUAAAACGAUCCUCUAUCGCCACAGACAGACUCACUUCGAACAGAAAAUGCACCAAUGCACUAUCUGUGAGAAACGCUUCUUUAGCGGCUACGCAUUAAGGUCGCAUUUGGCUCGACACAGAGGAGAAAGACCAUAUAUUUGCACCAUUUGCUCUAAAAGCUUCUAUAAUCCAACUGAUUUAAAGGUGCACUUUAGGCUACAUACAGGUGAGAAACCAUUAAAAUGUACAGAAUGCAGCAAGACAUUCCGGCGUCAUUCCACGCUGUGCCAGCAUAUGAAGAAACACCGCGGCAUCAGGAAUCACAUCUGCGUCGUCUGCAAUAAAGGAUUCUAUGAAGUCUCCAAACUUACUGCACACAUGAGAGUACAUACAGGCGAAAGGCCGUACGAGUGCCAGUACUGCGAGCGCAAGUUCGCACAGCAGUCUGCUCUCAUCUACCACCGGCGCACGCACACCGGCGAGAAGCCGUACAGCUGCAAGGUGUGCCCCGCGCGCUUCACCACCUCCUCCGCGCGCAACAACCACAUGGUCACCCACACCGGCACCAAGAAGUUUAUAUGUCCCGUGUGCUACAAAGGUUGCACAUCCCGCACAGAGCUUCGCAUACAUUCCAGUAAGCAUACUGGAGAGAAGCUCUUCGGAUGUGAAGUGUGCUCCCAGAGGUUCAGCUCCGCCUCAUAUUUAGCCGUGCACAGGAGACACCACACUGGAGAGAAGAAAUACCAAUGUCUGCCGUGUGGCAAGAGUUACAUAGAAUCGAGUGCUUACAAGAAACAUUUAAAAUCACACAUGGGUAAACAAGACAGUGAGCCCACAGAAAAUAAUACACCAGAAUCUGAUAAAGAAGAAAGUGGAAAGGAGACACCUCAUGUGAUAACUAUUACUGAAGAAAAAUCGGACGUUCAACAACCACAACAAAUACAACAAUUGCAACAACAACAAUCACAACAACAACAACAACAAACACAACAAUCACAACCACAAGAACAGCCUGUUCAGAAUAUUAUUGGUCCUACACAGAAGAAAUUCAAAUGCGGCCUCUGUGUGAAAACUUACAUGUAUCUGCACAGUUUAAAGAAACACAUGCUCUCACAUAUGACGGAACAUCAUCAUCAACAACAACAACUACUAGAAGAGCAACAACAACGACUACAGCAACAACGACAACAGCAUCAAGAACAACAACAACAACAACAACAACAACAGCAGCAGCAACAGCAACAGCAACAGCAACAACAGCAACAACAGCAGCAGCAGCAGCAGCAGCAACAGCAACAACAACAACAGCAGCAACAACAACAGCACCAGCAACAACAACAACAACAUCAUCAACGUCAAGCGCAAAGCCAGCUGCAAUCACAACAGUUGCAGCAAUCGCAGCAGCUGCAGCAACCUCAGUUGCAACCGCAGCAGCUGCCGCAGCAGCAGGUGGUGCAGGUGGGCGGCAUGCCGCAGCUCGCGCUACCUCUGCACGUCACAGGAGUGCAGGGUGGGCAGCACUACCCGGUGAUAUCUUCUGUACAAUCGCUGCAAUUGCAGCAAACUCAUCAACAAGUUAAUACGCCACAGCCGCAACAGUUGCAAGUGCAGACAAUACAGAUCCAUCCGCAGCACCAGCCCAUACAAAUACAUGCUGUGGGCGUGCAGCAAGUCCAGCAACAGCAGCUGCACGUAGCUACUUCUGCGUGUCAGACUAUGCUGCCUAAUAUACUACAGCUCCAACCUGCAGUAGCAGUAUCAGGGUUAAGCCAGCAGGAGCUAAGCGGCGUCGCGCACCGCAUCAUACUGCAGCAGCCGCCCACGCAUCCCGCACUAUACUCCAUACACCACUGAGACUAGCUGCACUACUGACACUUGUUACACUAUUGAGUAGUUACACAAGAGGGUAUAGUUACACAAUUGAGACUGGGUACACUACUCAGUAGUUACACGAAUAGGAAUAAUUACACCACCUAGUGAUUACAAAAUUGUGUCAAGUUACACAAUUGAGACUGGGUACACUACUCAGUAAUUACACAAUUGAUAAUAAUUACACUAUUGAGUAGUUACACAAUUGAGUCAAGUUACACUAGUGAGAAUAAUUACACUACUGAGUAGUUACACACUUGUCUGGCCAGGUGUUCCCACAAAGUGGAUGUAUAAUUUCAGAUGUUCUGGAGGCAAUGAUGAAGUGUAAAAUAGUUAUUAUUCUGAUAAUGUUAUUUUUAUUAUACAUUCAUAUUUAUUACAGGUUCUUUUUAUCUACUCUCUUUUAUUAUAAUAUUGGCAAUGUAUAUUCCGUCGGUUUUUUUAUUAAUUGGUCCGAAGCAAUGAACCAAAGUUGUUUGUUUUGUUUAGUUAAUUAUUUUGUUAUCUAUCAUUUUCUUAUUUAAGUUUAGGCAAAGUUGCCAAGUUAUGUAUAUUUAGGUUUUUUUUUCUACUUAAAAGUCCUUGUUAAUUUUUAUUUACCUUUAUGUAUUUGUAUUAUGUAGUAGUAAUGAAUGUACUUUUGCAUAAUAAGAUUGAAGAAUAAACAGUUUUUUUUGUAGAAAUUAAGUACUGUUAGUAAGAUAUUUACUUAUCUAUACCUAUGUACCAUAGUUUACUGGUUUUUUCUAAUACUGUUUAGUAUAAACAUAAUUAUGUUCUUGCACAUGAAUAUUUCACUAUAUUUAGAUUUAUUAGAGCCCUAAUAGUAUUACUGACGCCUUAGUAAUUUUAGUAAGAAGUACAAUGUGGGUCUUACUGCACAAAAGUAGAAAACGGUAGUGAAAACUGAUGUUAAAGUAUUACCUUUUGUAAACAAUCUUUGAGUCACAUAUAUAGUAUAGUUAUGAGACUGGGAAGCAAUAAAAUUGUAUUAAAAGUAUUAAA